GCUAGUUCCUGUGGGCUACUGCAGCCGUCAGCAAUAGCAGCUCUUAUCCCAUCAAGUCAGUGCUAGUAUAUUAGUCAUUUUUGUUCAUGUUAAACUGUUGAAAAGAUGAGUUUAUUGUGAGGGAGCGAGUUAAAUGUCUCACCUCGCAGCGGUGUCAUUAACGUGUUGAGUUAAGUUGGGAAGUAGCAAACCUUGGCUAACGUUAGCUUAAUUGCAAAAAUGGAAGUCAACUGAACAGCAGCACCAAAACGGUGGCAUUUCUCUUUUUUCUGACUUCACAUUCGGCUAAUUUUCAGCCCUACUCAUUCUCCCACUUCCUCCUUAUACAAGCGUUACGGUUUUAUUAUCAAAGUCAGUGUUUAACCGUGUUUAUUCACACUUACGUCGGAGCUAGCUGACUGCUAACGUACAGUAUCAACAGUCACCAAGGCAACAAUGAACAUCCUCCCGAAGAAGAGCUGGCAUGUCCGCAACAAAGACAACGUCGCUCGCGUGCGGAAGGACGAGGCCCAAGCAGCAGAUGAGGAGCGCGAGGCCAAGCGUCGCGUGGAGCGUGCCGAGCAAGAGGCUCGUACAGAGUAUCUGAGAAGGAAAUCCCAAGCUGCUCUCCCUUCAGCAGGAGAAAAGAGGGAUGAAGAUGGUGAAGAUGGUGGUGACGAACGGAGUGGAGGAAGUGGAGUUCUGGAGCAUCUCAAUCUUUUCCCCCUCGAGGAGUCCUCAGAGAAGAAGGGGAAUGAGGAGUAUCUCAAGGAAAAGAAAGAUGAACAGGAGAAGCAGGAACGAGCUAUCGGCUUGCUGGUGUCUCUAGGACCCCAACCGGGGUCUGAAGUCACUCCGUGGUACAUGAAAACUGGCAACGAAGAAGAAGAAAAGAAAGGAAAAGAAGAGAGAAAAGAAAAAGAUAAGAAGAAGGGAAUAAGUGAAGAGGAGAGAGAGAAAAGAGAUCGCAGAUUGAAAGAUAGUUUAGACCCGUUGAAAGAAAUGAAGAAAGCUCUGGCUGUAAAGGACAGAAAAUACAACAGCAGCAAGAAAAGGGAAAGAAGAGACAAAGGGGGAAAGAGGAGCAGUGGAGAGAGCUCCAUAGAACAGUUGCGUGCUGAGCGCUUACAGAGGGAGGCUGAUGAAAGGAGGAGAACACAGGCCCUGCUCGACCAGAGGAACGGCAAAGGGAAGGAGCCAGGGAAGGACGCAAAUGAGAGGGAGAGGCCGUACAACAGCGCCUAUUUCCCAGAACUGGCUCGAAAGCGUCAAAGGCGGGAUCGAGACAGCUGGAGAGAUGAGAUAUUAAAAUCGUAAACUAUCUUUAUUGGUCGGGUGUGAUCCGUGCUGGAUGGUUAGUGGACAAAUAUUGAAUCCAGUUUUUUCCAAAAAUGAAGCAAAUGUAAAAUGUCCAGAGGAAAGAAGGUAAGAUGGAAAGUGUGCCAAAGUAGGUUUAGAGCCACAUUAAGAGCAUACAACAAUAUAGCUCGUAGGACUCUUUUUAUUUAUUUUUCUUCACCCGGAAGGUCAGAGGUCAGUCACAGCUACCUGCAGCGUUUCGCUCGUGAUCACGUCAGCGGGGCAGAUGGUCGUCACCACAGGGGGCUUGAAGCUCUCUGUCAGCAAAGAAAACACACGAAGAAGUCUUUCAGUAAAGAAAGAUAAACUGGAGAGUAGAGCUGAAACAAUUAGUCGAGUAAUUAAUUAGUUAAUUGGCAGUAAAUGUAUAAUUUCACUCAUUUUUCAAGCUGAAUUGCCAACAAUUCUCUAGCUCCAGCUCUACUUUGUCAUAUAUCACUUUAAGCUGAACACAUUUUUCUGAUCUUUGUAAGUUGAACAUUUCUACAUUUUAUUUUUAAAAACCAUAUAAAUGUUUUCACAAACACAGUUUAAGAUAUAGGAAAAGCACAGGUAUAAAUAAAGCAUGCUGGCUCACUGUCACAACUAACUGGGACAGAAGAUGGAAUGAAGCCGUUCUUCUGCAAUGACAAGUCAAAAAUGUUUGCUGUUGUCAAAUGCCUAUUGCACCAUAUACCAACACCAAUAAGCAACACAAAAGAUUGAUAUUUACUUGUUUUUUUCAUCGCUGUAAAUUAUUUUACAAAUACAUGUUGUGACAAUACACACAGCUGAAAUAAAGACUUUCAUGACUAUGUUCAGUUUUUUGUGGUAAGUUGUAUAUUAUACAGUAAAUUAUUUCUUUGACGUUGUCCUGCCGUCUCCAAAAUGGCCAGCAAGUUAAAUCAAUGCUUUCAACAAAAACUGAACGUUAUAACCUCUGUGUAUGUAUUUAUUGCAGGGCUGUUGUAUUAAGCUGCAUUAGUUUUGUGUAACUCAUAAACUUGCAACUAACUAAAUUAUCCAUGACAGCCUGAUCUCUUUUUCUUUCUUUUUUUGCCGAAAGUGAGUCUAAAAAACGUUUUUAUUUAGUGCAGUUAUGACCAUUCAAUGAUACACCCAGAGAUAAAUUUUGGUUUUGUUUAUAAAAUGAAGAGAGCUUGCACUCUUUGUAGGCGUGGUCAAUUAACACGUGUUUUAUCUUAUUAUUUAACAUUUUUAAUAGUGGUCAAAUAAUAUCACACACCAAAAUCCUCAUGAAUAUCGAAGUGAUGUUUUAAAAGAUUAAAAAUCCAAUAUGAGAUCGAUAUAAACCCACUGAGCACCA